CGUCACAGGCAGUUAUGAGCGGGAGGAGGCAUGCAUGACAAGAAAGGAGAGAAGUUUGUUCUGAAACAAUCGUAGGCAAACAACGCUGUUGUUACUGGUGAACCGAUGGCUUCAGAUGAUGUUGCCCAGUUGGCCGAAUCGCUGGCCAAGACUUGCGUGGAUGACGGGGAGCUAAGCUACAAGGGCCAGGGGCUGAAGCUGGACACUGCGGAGUCUGCGGAGAAGCUGGCGCGGGAGAUGGAGGAGUUCCCGGAUCUGCAGGCACUGCGGCUGGAGGGGAACACGAUUGGUGUGGAGGCGGCGAGGGUCAUCGCCAAGGCCCUGGAGAGCAGGAGUCAGCUGCAGCGCUGCUACUGGAGUGACAUGUUCACAGGCCGUCUGCGCUCGGAGAUCCCUCCAGCUCUGAGCUCUCUGGGCAAUGCGCUGAUGGCGGCCGGGGCUUGCCUGACCGAGCUGGACCUGAGCGAUAACGCGUUCGGACCCGACGGAGUGAAGGCCAUCGAGCCGCUGCUCAAAAGCGCCACCUGUCACACCUUGCGAGAACUGCGGCUGAACAACUGUGGCAUGGGGAUUGGAGGGGGAAAGAUCCUUGCCGCAGCCUUGACGGAGUGCCACAAGCAGUCGUGUGCGGUGGGCGCCCCCCUGAGGCUGAAGGUGUUCAUCGCUGGCAGGAACCGGCUGGAGAAUGAGGGAGCCACAGCCCUGGCCAAAGCUUUCACGCUGAUGGGCAGUCUGGAGGAGAUCCACAUGCCCCAGAACGGCAUCAACCACCCAGGGGUGACCGCGCUGGCCACCGCCAUGCAGCAGAACCCCCACCUGCGCGUCAUCAACCUCAACGACAACACCUUCACCAAGAAGGGCGCCAUCGCCAUGGCCAAGGCCCUGAAGCACCUUCGCAGCAUCCAGGUGCUGAAUUUCGGGGACUGUCUGGUGCGUUCUGAGGGAGCGGUCGCCAUCGCAGAGUCCCUGAGGGAGGGGCUGCCCAUUCUCAAGGAGCUGAACCUGUCCUUUGGGGAGGUAGCGGAGGACGCAGCGCUGGCGGUGGCGCGGGCCGUACAGGACAAACCCCACCUGGAGAAACUGGACCUGAACGGUAAUUGCCUGGGGGAGGAGGGCUGUGAAACACUGAGGGACACCAUGGAUGGCAUGAACAUGGGGGAUCUUCUGGGAUCACUGAGUGAAGAUGAAGGGGAACCGGAGGAUGAUGAUGAGGGCAGUGAGAGUGAAGCGGAGGAGGAGGAUGAAGACGAGGAGGCUGAAGAGGAGGCCGAGCAGGCCAGUGAGGGAGAUGUGAGCUCUGAGGAACCCCAGAGCAGGGUGUCCAUCUCGGCAUCGCCCCCCCUCUCUCUGGACGUCUCCUCCUUCCUCAGCACGCCCUCCCCUGAGGGGCUGCUCAGACUGGGGCCCAAGAGGGCCCUCCUCAUUGAGCAGCAGGUGGACGUAGCAGAUGCAGGACAGACAGCAGAGGCCUUUCUGAAGAUCUCCUCUGUGUACAGGGAGGAUCCUGAGAUAAAGAAGGCUGUGCUGGACAGCGUUGAUGCAUUACUGAAGAAGGCCUUCUCCAGCGCGUCCUUCCAGACAUACAACUUCAUCUCUACCCUGCUCAUGAUGCUGGGCCUGCUCAAGAGUGAGGAGAGAGUAAAGACUGUGGCCAUUGUGCCUGGCCACAUGGUGGCGCUGGAGCACGCCGUGCAGCAGGACUACUUCCCCCAGGACCACAUCGCUGCACUGGAUGACUUCGUGUCUAGUAGCAACAAGGCCUUGGACUCGUGCACCAGCCCAAGAAGUGAGCUCAAGGCCACGGUGGAGAGAAGGAUCAGCCCUGAAUGCUGAUCCUUCGGACAGACGGGGGGACCCUGCCGACGUCACGCAGAGGGAGCAGCCAGGCGGACACGGCACCGUCAGCCUCUCAGGACUAAACGCGCACACACACUCACACCCCUGCUGCUCCACCCCGUCAUCAGCACGCUGUUACACAGACAUCCUCAGGCCUGUCCACACACACAGUCUGCCUGUGUGGGGAUUGGGGGGGGGGGGGGGGGGCUGGCUCACGCUUGGCAGGCAGCCUUUUUUUUAAACUGUCCGUAUGAAGUCCUUCCACCGGAACACCGUAUGAUUUUUACUAAACAAAACAAAACAAACAAAAAAAGCUAGGACCAAAAAUGCAAAGCUUCUGAAUGACUGAAGGAUUGCUGAUUUGCAGUCUGUGGACAUGGUAGAAAUGAUGAACCGCAGUGGAUUGGCUGGUGUGGAAACAAGGAGUGGAAAAUAUUGCCAUAAGAACUGAUGGUAUCAGUUCAGAGUAUCGAUGGAGGAUCUAUUUUGGACUUGAAGACCACAAUAACCAAUUUGGAGGUGCCCUUGAAGAUUAUAGUCUUAAAUUUCUAAGAUGUAUAGUCUAACUUAUAGUCUGUUGCCCAAGAUACAGUCAAAUCGUUGUUCUGAGUGAAUAGGAAUCAUUUCCUAAUGUCCUUUAGGCUUCUACCAUAUGUGACAGAAUGAAGUUAUUAAAAACAUUUAUUUGUAAAGUUUAAGUGAAAUACGUGAGUCACUCUUGGGCAAGAUUGUCACCCAAGAGUGCAUGAUAAAUUUUUUAAUGUAUUGACGUAGUCGUUUUAGGCUAGCACUAUACUGCUAUGAUGUGGAACAAAACCUAACUCAGGACGCCAGUAAAAGGGAAAUUGGAGAGUGUGAAAUUGGUCUGAAGAAUAAUUUACAGAUAUUUUUGCUGUAACCAAUAUUUUUGGCAUUGAUAAACGUACUGUAUUACAUAUUUUUAAACAUGUUAUCCUGAUGGUGGAUGGGGUCUUUGGAGAUGUUAAUUUUGGGGUUUAAAUGAAAUAAAACUACUUUGUUAAAUGGA